AUGCACAUUCCAACAAACGAAAUAAAGGAAGUCCAGAGAUUCAUAUUCGACAACGGCUGUAUUGUAGUUGAGCACAGCAGAACUCUCAAGCCACACCCUCACUUUGAUAUUUCAAAUCUUAAAGUUAUGAAAAUAGUUAGAAGCUUGGUGUCAAGAGGAUGCUUAGAUAAGUCUUUCGCAUGGAAACACGGAUACUACACACUUACUACAAAGGGAAUAGAAUACAUCAGAAGAAAGCACUAUCUGACAGAAAAUGACUAUCCAUCGUUAUACGACUCAAACCCCCUGGCAGAGAACAAGCAGGUAGAAGCAGAGGCAGAGGAAAUAGUAUUCAAAGAAUAA